AGGUCCUUGGUGGACUGUGGCAUUGCAUGGCAAAGGACAAUGGAAAGGGGAAUGCACACCUGGUAACCUUCUUUUCUCGUUUCUUCCACUUGCAGAAAAAGAGGAGGGCGGCCACUGCCCGUCGGCAGCACCUGAAGAGUGCUAUGCUCCAGCUUGCUGUCACUGAAAUAGAAAAAGAAGCAGCUGCUAAAGAAGUGGAAAAGCAAAACUACCUGGCAGAACAUUGCCCUCCUCUGUCGCUCCCAGGAUCCAUGCAGGAGCUUCAGGAGCUGUGCAAAAAGCUUCAUGCCAAGAUAGAGUCAGUGGAUGAGGAGAGGUAUGACACAGAGGUGAAGCUACAGAAGACUAACAAGGAGCUGGAAGACUUGAGCCAGAAGCUCUUUGACCUACGUGGCAAGUUCAAGCGGCCGCCGCUGCGCAGGGUGCGCAUGUCCGCUGACGCCAUGCUGCGGGCCCUGCUGGGCUCCAAGCACAAGGUCUGCAUGGACCUCCGGGCCAACCUGAAGCAAGUGAAGAAGGAGGACACUGAGAAGGAGAAGGAUCUCCGUGAUGUCGGUGACUGGAGGAAGAACAUCGAGGAGAAGUCCGGCAUGGAGGGCAGAAAGAAGAUGUUUGAGGCUGGCGAGUCCUAAGCAGCCGUGUCUCCAGACCCGUCCUCCUCUCCCCACUGUCCCUGCUGCCCUGCCGGGCUCAGGGGCGCUGGCUGGGUGCCAUUUCGCUCUAGUUUUGCCAAGAGCUGCAUCAUGGCAGCAGUGAUGUAAAUAAAGCUUUGGUGGGAGA